UGGACAAUGGACUACUAAAUACAUAUUUGUUGUUUUCAGUUGCCAAAUGAUACGGAAAAUACAUGCAUUAUCAUGUGAUGGGGUCGGUGUCACAAGUAAACAUGAAACCCAGAUGUAUUCCCACGAAAUUUGCAUGUCAACUAGACAGAGGACAAGAUAUUACAGGGCUCGAAGUAUGUGAACCUUCUUUGCAGAAUGGGGACCUGUCUGAUAGUCCAGUGCACAUUAUGGAGCACACAGAUAUGCAGCAUUCUGAUCGUCAGAUGGAGACACAGUGUACUGAUCAAAUUAAAGAGGAGUCCUCAUGCUUGGAUAGUGAGGAGUGUAGCAUGAGUAAGGCAGUUAUACCGGCCAGCCUGUACACCAAUCACAUGCUGGAGAAGCCCUUAUGUUCGGACAGCACAGGCUAUGGUGUGAGCGAGGCAACAAAGCUAACUGAUGAGCUAAAGGAGGAGGUGUGUUCAGACGGCAUGGAGUGUGGCAUGACUGGCAUGAGCGAGGCGGCCAUAUUGGCCGGUGUGGAUAUUAAACAUGAUGUAAAGGAUGAGCUUGUGCUCGGGUCAGAGCAUGUGAAGGAAGAGCCUUUAUUGUCGGAGAGUGUAGAGUAUGGAAAGGGUGAGGCAGCCAUGCUGGCAGACCUGUAUGCUGACCAUAUCAUAAAGGAUGAGUUAGUGUUGGGGCCGGAGCAUCCACAUCAGGCAGAUGUAUCUCUGGUAGUCCUCGAAUGGGCGCUAGCUGACGCGGACGGUUGUCUGCAGGAGUCUCAGAAGCACACCUCUGCAACGCAGCCGGCACUGCAGGACUGCUGCGUAAGGCUCGAGCGCCCACACCAAGCGGCCUCUGCCAACGAGCACACCAUACAAGACACAACUCACUGCACAUUUUAUAUUGAAGAUGAAAUGUGCAAUAAAGUUAGUGAGAAAGCAGGCGAACCGCUGUGUGUUCUUUGUGGCAAGCGGUUCGCUCUGAAGUCCGAUUUAUUGAAGCAUGUCAUAACGCACAUUCACUCGUCUAGUGAGGAAACUGUGGAACAAGAAGGCAGUCAGCCUGUUGUCGCUGACUAUGCAUUUGAAGAAAAGCCAGCAAAGGACUCACAGGAGCCCGACAUCAAUCGAGAGCUCGCGCUCCGUGACUGCUGCGUGCGGCUGAAACGUCUCCCACACCACGAGGCUCUCGCCGGCAACGACACUGCGCAAGACACAACACACAUAUUUGAGGAAAAACCGUCACAGAAGCGCGUCCUUAGUCGAGACUCUCCGCUCGUGCUCCGAGACUGCUGGGUGCGGCUCGAACGCAUCCAACACCACGAGGCGCUCGCCGGCAACGACACUGCCCAAGACACAACACAUACUGGCACCGAAACUGACACUGAAAAUAUAUACGCUAGUGACUGUGAAAGAGAAUUAGUGUGCGAUCUUUGUGGUGAAGAGUUUGGUCUAAAAGCGGAUUUAAUGAGACAUGUAAUAAUCCAUAUACAUGUACCUAUAAACACCGGAUCGUUUGAGCCAAAUAAUUCACAAUACGAAAUAAGCACAAAUAUCUUGAAGGAAAACUCAGAUAUAGAUGAAUAUGUGUGUGACACUUGCAGAAAAACAUUUCACCGCAAAUAUAACUUAAUUCGUCAUAUACAAAACACGCACACGCAAACAAAUUCUAAAAUAAUAAAAUCAAAGUUAACGGUUUACGAGUGUAAUAAAGAAGAUAAGAAAACAUACCCCUGCGAUACAUGUGGAAUACAUUUUACACAAAAAGUGUAUUUGAUUACACAUAAACGAAUUCACACUGCCGAAAGGCCUUAUUCGUGUAACUUAUGUGAAAAACGUUUUAAAACUUCCGGUUAUUUGAAGGUUCAUGAACGGGUUCAUACUGGUGUAAAGCCAUAUUCGUGCGAAAUAUGUCAGACAAUUUGCGCGAAAAAACAAUCUAGUGAUGCAUAAAAAAGUUCAUACAGGUGAAAAACUAUAUACGUGCAAAAUAUGUAAAAAGCAGUUUUCGACGUUCAACGCCUUAAAUAAGCACAAAGUUAGCCACACGGGUAUUACUUGUGAAAUUUGUAAGGAACAUUUUACGCAAUGGGAAAAAUUUGAAAUUCAUAAGCGAACUCACACGGGUGGAACGAUAUAUACUUGUGCGCUGUGUAGUAAGAAGUUUAUAAAUGUCUGGAAAUUCAAUAUGCACAAACGAACACAUACAAACGAGAGGCCAUACGCAUGUGGAAUAUGUGGAAAUUUGUAUAAACGAGCUGGGCAUUUAACGGCACAUAACCGAUAUCACACUGGCGAAAAACUGUUCUCCUGCAAGAUGUGUGAUAAGAAAUUUGCGGAUCAACGUUCUCGGAUUUUCCACGAACGAACACACAAGGGGGAAAACCAUUUUCGUGCGAUAUCUGCAAAAAAACAGUUAACGCGACGCUCCCAUUUGAUAACACAUUUACGAAGCCAUACUGGAGAUAUAUUUGCAGCAGUGUAAAAACCAUAAGUGCGAUUUACGUAAAAUAAACUUUUAGCACUCGACAGUGACUUAACGUUUAAGAGUACAUUUAGUUUGUCGUAAAUGACAUAUAUUAUAUAGGUAACUUUUUUUAUUUAUUAUAUCAAUAUUAAAAUAUAUGUUAAUCUUUUUAGGUAUAUAUUACAGGAAGCGAACAUAAAAGACACAUUGCAAUGCAUCAAAAUGUAUAACUUUGUUUAUAACCAUCAAAAUAUCUAAUAAAGAAUUAAAUCAAUGUUUUUAUCACAUGUAAUCAAUAUUUCGAAAUGAGGAUUUGUAUUUUGAAUUUAAUAAAUAGUCUACAGUUACACAAAUACACCAAAUGGGUUAUUAAGGGAUGAAAUUUAGGUACCACAAUGAAACAGGAUUUCCAAAUAA